CCGGACUACAAAUCCAACCACGAGCCGGGCCGGAAGUGUUUCUCGUGUCCACGCUGUGUUGUGAAAGUUAUUUAAAGGUCGACCUCCACACACACACCGACAUUACACAGCUGCUCAGUUUGACAAUGAAAAAUGGCUUUUAUUUUGAAAUGUAACGUUUCACUGCUGCGUUCAAGAACAACAUGACGGAGAAGUGUGACAGGCAUCAGGAGAGAACAUGCACUGCUGCCCACGUUACCUCAUCUUCUUUCAAUACAUUGGGUCCAGAUACAGUGGUGCAGCGAAGGUGCCUCCACAUCAGCUGUGGAAGAAAGGCAUCCAGGACCAUUUAGAGGAUGCCAUAAAGAAGCUGAGGCCCAUCAACCCAGUGUCUCUGUGGAUCUCCAGCAGGACAGACACAGGCGUCCACGCACUCUGUAACUCCGCCCACUUUGACCUCCAGCGCAGAGACAACAAGGCUCCGUUCACUGAGGACGUUCUGGUUGAGGCCCUGAAUUUCCACCUCGGAACCGAACAAAUCAGGGUCACCCAUGCCCACCGCGUGUCCGACAACUUCCAUGCCCGUUUUCGUGCCGACUCUCGGACCUACGUCUACCGGAUCGCCCUGGGAAUCUCCCACCGCUCCCUGCUUCCCCUCACAGAUCACGAUCUGUGCUGGACCCUCCGCAACACGGAGCUGGAUGUGGGAGCCAUGCGCACCGCUGCUGCCCUGCUGGUUGGGACUCACAACUUCAACAGCUUCAGGGCGGUCAGCUCGGACAUGCCUCAUGUGAGCCCCGUCAAGACGCUGGAUGUGGCCGACGUUCAGCCAGGAAGCUCUUUCUCACACACACACUUCCACAGGAACAUCCCACUCUGGGAGCUGACUUUCACAAGCAGAUCUUUUCUCUACAGACAGGUGCGGAGGAUGACGGGGGCCCUGGUGGCUGUGGGCCAGGGGACGCUGUCAGUGCCCCAGCUGAAGGAUCUAUUGGAGGCUCAGGACUCUUUAGCCUUCCCACAGGGUGUGACUGCCCCAGCUCACGGCCUCUUCCUCACCAGAGUGAACUACAGAGACGCAGACCUGCAGUUUUCCCAACGGACUUCAGAUGAACCUCUCCCCUCCACUUGAAACUCAGAGGAUUAAUUCUACUUGAACAAUUCAUUCAUGUUGAUGUAUUUCUAUGCUAAUGGCUGCAAAAUAAAGAUUUUAUAUUUCUACAUAUAGUUUUGUCUUUACCCAUAAAACACAUCAGCUUAACUUCUUGUCAGUGGCCUCCAACCGGGGAUUUAACAAAUUGAUUACCACACACACAAUCAUUAGACUAAAAACAGAUGUACAUCUAUAUGUUCUUUAAUUCGACAUAUUAAGAAUACAGAACUGUGUCCAUGAAUGCAGCUGUUACAGAAAACCACACUCCUUGAACCUAUCAUUGUCUACACAUGGCCUUCUGGUUUAAACAGACGACUUGUUUCAAGCCUGGCUAGGCAGUAUUACUCCUGUGUGUGUGUGUGUGUAAAUGCGCAUGUAUGAACUGGGUUUUGUAGGUUCUCACAAUCAUCAAACAAAGUACACAACAUGUGGAGAAGAGUGUUAAGUUCAAAACUGCUUUGUGUCCAUGGCUCUUAUACAGUGGCAUUACAUUACACAUCGACAAAGUGCACGCACACACUCACUGAUAAUGUAUACAUCCAAAUGUCCAAAUAAAACUGCAUACACUGCUUCUUUACCCAGAAAGUCUUCACAGAGCAUUCUGGUGGAUUUUCAGCACUCACUUGCUUUUACUUUUGGCAGAAUCUGCUCACUGAGUCGAGGGGUUUUCAGCAAGUUGUCCGUAAACAGUCCAUUAGAAACCGGACCACCGCCGGCAAGUCGCCGGUCGGAGCCAGAUGAGGUUUGCAGAAGGUUCACUGACCAAUCACUGUCCUUAAUGUUCCAGCACAUCGAUCAAACACACCAGACACCACACUGUUCUCCUUCAUUUCCUUAAGUCACCCACUGAUGCAAGGUUAACUGAUUUUAAGCUCGGUGCAUUUCUAAGUGCUGAGUCUGUUAAAAUUGAGCCUCAUGAGGAAUGUUGUCGCACUUCUUAGAAGUGACAAACUGUCAAUAAUUCAAACACACUGUCUUAAAUUUUUUAUAUGUACACAAGUACAUGUUUGAUACUCCUGCGACCAUGUUGGAACAACACAGUGAAUCUGAUUGGCAUAGGUCCUCUGAUGCUCAAGUCAAUUCAGCAUUUGGUUUCAAAAAAGAUAAUCCACACAUCCUGAAGACGCCCAUAAUUCAAUAUAUCAUCAAAAUUUCAAGUGUUAGUCAGAAUAUUAAGCCCGAUGUCUUAGAAUGUCAGUAACAAAAUCAUAUGUAUAUAAAAUGCACUUGAGGAAGGCAUUGCGUAUUCUUUUAACUCACUAUCCGUGCUAACAGCACAGCCUGGAUGAAGAAUGUAGCUGAGCUCAAGUCAAACUGGAGAGACCCUGAUUAAAAAGAUUGAGGGACAGUGAAUGACAAACAGAAACUGAACAAAUCCGGCCUUGACGGCCACUUCUGGAAUUAAAAUUAGUUUUUUUUAUGAGACAGAUGAGGGGAAAAAAGACGACUAAUGAUCAAUGCUCAGCGGUGGAGCCGAGCCUGUUCUUUGAUAAUGGCUGUGAUAGGUUUUUUAAAUGACAAGAUAACACGUGACAUUUGUAGUUGGCUGAUGAUCAAUUACUGGUGAAAACACAAACACCUGAAUGCGCAUGACUUGGAGUUAGUUGUGUAUCUUCGCUAUGCAGCCUAUUUUUGGCAUUCGACUACACACCCUGGUGCUAAAGCAGAGGUUAAUUCAUGAAUAAUCUGUUUCAUGUAAAUACAGGUUGAUAGUAUUUGAUAAGAACUAUCACAGGUUGAUAAGUUUGCAUAGACCCUUUGAAACUCAACCAUCACCAUCUCAAUAACAUAA